AUGCGGCACCAGCAUGAGCGUGGUCCAUCAAGUUCGCACAACGCCUCAUCCAGCACAACUCGGCCGACCGACCCAGUGGUGGCCUCCUCUUUCGAGGCACGCCGGCUUUGGCGCCUGCAAGCUGAACUGGCGAUCGAGCUUCGGGAUGUCUUGGGCCUCACGCAUGAGGACACCAAGCAGGCCGUCCACAUGCUGAAGACAGGAAGCCCUGACCUCCUCAAGGCCGCGCGGGCGGUGAUCCGCGGCGAGGUAGUCCCUUUGAUGGACACGCUGUCUGCGCAGGGCAAGCGCAGCAGGGGCAGCCAGGACGAUGGAGUAGACUUGGCGCUGGCGAAGCGGCCGAGGACGAGCGCAGUCCUACUUUCUACCGCCUCCAUCCUUCAGGCUGCCACAAUCAAUGCAGAGACAGGCAGCUCUAUGCUGGUUCCAGCUGGCCGACCGGAUGCGGUGCUCCGGGCUCUGCAACCAUUGCUCGACCUCAAGCAGCGAUACACGCUGCGUGCUUGUGGGCGCGCCGUGCGCGAGCUUGUGGACCUCGAGGCAAGACGAACAUGCCGUGACUUCGUCUACACUGAUGGCAUCUUCCAUUGGGCUGGUGGCCGCAACCUCAGCGAGCAGGCCGGCACCCCACAUGGCACCGGCUGCGAACUCCAGGCCGGCUAUGGAGCUACUUGUACCGCAGCAAGCGAUGUCAAUCCACAGACCAGGGAUGCUUUUCAGCACCACCUCGACCGUCUGAGCUGGGAGUUCGAGCAGCUUCGGCAGGACUUGGUUGGAUGUGCUAUUCAUGGGCUUUACCCGGUGUUGUCUAUGAGGCUUCUCGUCGUGUCAGCAUUCCUGGCCUCUGCAUUGUUUCUCGUGGGUUGCGGUGAAGAGCCGAAUACAUGCUACCCUGACAGCACCGCCCAGACCACCCAGUACAACUGUGUUAGCAAUCGGUACUGUGAAAACCAGGGCCUUUCGACACGACUUGGGCCGAUGUCGCUUGCAGACUGCAUGGUUCAGUGCGUUGAACGAGACUGCGGGGUUAUCCAGUACGACUGCGGCACAGACUGCUGGCUUCUGGACAACUGUGGACCGGAGGUGGAAUCCGGCUGCUUAAGUAGCAUCUACUACCGAGAUCGCAACUGGAUCCAAGAUGCAACGACGACCACAACAAGUACCCAAGUCACCACAGCUCAGACCGGAGAGUGUUCCGGCAUCAACACAGAGCGAUAUGGUUGCACUCCACAAAAGUAUUGCUCUAAUCAGGCCAGCGCCACCGUACUUGGGGCCAUUUCACUUGAGGAAUGCAUGAGCCGCUGUGAUUCAAGUGGAGCCUGCACCGCUAUACAGUGGGAUUGUGGAGAGUCCUGUUGGCUACUCGAGAGCCAAACUUGUGGGACCGAGGUUGAUACGCAGUGCGGAAGCAGCAUUUAUUACAAGAUCAUCACAACAACCACUACCACGACAACCACCACAACGACAACAACGACUACAACCACAACGACUUCAACUACCACCGGUCCUCCCUUCAUCCUCCAGACGGCGGGCUUGACCAGCUGUCCUGCAGACACGGAGCAGGUUCUCGAUGCUGUAAGCUGCCAGGCGGCUGCCACAGCUCUAGAUGCCACGUACAUGCAGACGGAGGACACACCCCAGUGGCCGAAUGGCUGCUACAUGUGGACCCGCCGACCCGAACUUUACUUCAACUACAAUGCAGGCACUGGCAACUUGGAGGCACAAGUCAUCUGCGAGGUGCAGACUACAACGACGACAACAACCACGACAACAACGACGAGUGAGGGCGCGUUCAUCACACACACAACGACACAGCCACCUGGCAACUGCAUCGUCACCUCUGCAGAGUACACCUGCACACCCAACAAGUAUUGCACUCUCCAAGAUUCUGCGCUUAAGUUGGGGUCAAUGAGCUUGGAAGGCUGCAAAAGGCAGUGCUCGGAACAUGCCGACUGCAACGCGAUCCAGUACGACUGCAACACCGACUGCUGGCUGCUGCAACAGUGUGGUGAUUUUGUAGACACCGUUUGCGGAAGUAGUGUCUACAUCCGAGAUGCGAACUGGCUGUGGGGCACAACCACGACGACAACGGUCUUCGGGCAAUGCUUUCCUCACACUACACCGGAUGCCAUGCCAGAGCUGGAUGUUGCAUGGCAGUGCGAGCCUGGAGUCUACUGCUCAAACCAGAACGAAGCGACACAGUUUGGAGCCAUGUCCCUUGAUCGUUGCAUGGCACUUUGCCGCAAGACGACUGGUUGCGACUAUGUACAGUACGACUGCAACUCUGAUUGUUGGCUUCUCCAAAGUUGUUCAGGGUACACCCAGAGCACCUGUGGUAGUAGUGUCUACGUGCGGGGCGCCAACAGCUAUUCCUACUUGCCGAUCAUUUCCAAGGGGCCAUACCGCACGGAUAUAUAUGCCAACCAGGCUUUGUAUGUGGUUUACAGUGACCUAUGCGGGGAGGAUGACUGUGAGGUGACGGCAUUCUGUCCCGCUGGGGUCUCUGAGUUUGGAGAAACCACACUUUUCAAAUGCCAAACCAUUCCACCAAACUCGGGAGAUGGCAUAAUCGCCAGUAGAGCCAGCUGCACAGCGAAGGGGUCUGGUGAUUCACCAAUCAUGGCCGAGGCGAUCUGUGUGGAUUCUGCUGCGAUGACCACCGAAAUUGCCACUUCUGGUUUUGGCGAGGGUUCUCUCGUUGCAUCAUGCCCACCUGAUUACCAUGCCUUGUCGUGCAACUGUCAGACCUCCUGGAGAGUCUCUCUUACCUGCAGCGGCUAUGCAUCCUUCCCACCAACAGUUGGGGACUUGUUUACCCCUACCGCGGAAACCUGCCUGCUCUACAGCACUCCAGAAGCCGUCUCCCACCGCAGACGCUCUGUGGGCAGCGUCCAAGCACAAGUGAGCGCCGUGUGCAUGAAGGGUGGAGCAGGUGGCAACUUGCCCGCAGUGACACUCAGCUAUCGAGGGGCACUACUCGAUGCUGGGCCUCUUCCUGAUUCGGCUGGGAAAGAGACCCAAUAUUGUGGAUGGGCCAGGAAUGCAGACGCCAGCCAAGAGUCUGGCUGCAAUGACUGGCUGCUAGACCCAACUGACGACGGUGGGUGCCGCCCCUCGGAAUGCCCAACUCUGGCGGACUGCGUGCGCAUUUGCAACGCUUGUGGAUUCUGCCAGAGCAUCUUUGUCCAGCUCGGUGCAACGGAAUCGACGGAAGAGGACCGACCCCGGUGCUAUUUCCGUGGAGACUUCAUCCCUCGGGAUCACCUGUCUGACAGCUGGAACCACGGCUGGGGGCCUUCUCCCAGAAAUGAAGUCUGGGGUGUGGCCGGACGUUCUGGCAGUUGGGGGCUGUACAUCAACACCAGAGAUCCUAGAUGUGUCAGAGACAACUAUGCUGUCUACGGGGUCAGCUUCUUCUCGGACCCAUAUUGCAUCCAUCGCAUGGUCCCGAGCUCAGUGACAGUGACUUCGGGUAGCCAGUUCGUGAAUCAUCCCUUCAACUUCACCGAUUGGACAAAAAGGCCUGAGAAGGUCAGUUUCGACCAGUGCUACGAGGACAUGCAGUCGGGGAGGAAUUGUGACGUCGUGUUGACUGCCGUGUUUCCGGGAACAUCGACGCCCCUCUGUGCCAUCGUGCACAGCAGCUGGCUCUUCGGUCAGGGUGUCAGCCAGAGAUCUCUUGAAUCUCGAGGUUGGUUCCUUGCGGUCUACAACGAUCAGCGGGGCCGCUCAAUGGGGAACGUGGCUUUCGAUGUGGAUGGUGGCACCCAUUUGCAUAUACCGGCCAUGCCCUACUUCAACAACAGUGUCCCGGUGCCUGGGGAGAGGGUCGAGAUUGCAGGGAGCCUGCAGCUCUCUUGCUCCGUCCCAUCUUGCCCAACUUCCUCGGAUCAUCCACCGGCUGAUGCGCUCAUCCGGGAAGCAUUCGCUUCCAUGCUUGCGCUGCCACAGCACGCCAUAGAUGUUGGUUACGUUCCGUAUGCUCGACGGUUAUCCCAGGCAGGGACUGACCGACAUUUGCAAGGAACCGAAACAUACAACGUACCGCUCAAAAUAAUCUUGGUGGCCGAAGAUCCGACGCAGAUGUCACUUGUUGCCAGCAUUACAGCCAUCCUUGAGGACAUGCAAGCAAACCUUCCCACGUUGUCGCAGACAAUGGGAGAUUUGUACGCUGUCCCCUUUGCCGUGCAGGCAUUGGGCCCGAUGUCUACAACUCGCUUUUCCCCUUUGCCUUUGCUCGAUGGUGUGGCGACCCCCGCUUCAUCGUCAUCGUCAUCGACUGCUCAAGUACCUGAUACUACCACUGCCGCGACAGUAGCUGUUGCUGAGGAGUUCGGAGACGACGUGAUCGUGGCGGCCGUAUUGGGAAGCGUGGCCGGAAUCUUCGUCCUUCUCAUCUCUUUGUUGAUCUUCAGGCGAAAAUGCAAAAGCGGUGUCAGAACGACGCCGGCAUCGGGAGCGCAUGCGCCCGUGCCGACAUCUACUGGACCCACCGCUGUGGUCAUUGGAACCAAAGCCAAGUUGCGCUCAGACAGCAAGGAGCUUGUGAAGCCGUUGGAUGACAUGGCGACGAAGAGUCUACCAAAGUACUGGACAGGAUUCCGGGAAAGCAAAGAGGACGCAGCCAUCGUGCGGAAGGACCUCUCUUUCGACGAGCUCAUGUAUGUAAAGCAUGAGGACAUGCAACUCUUUCAGGAGCUUGUGAACCACACAUACCGGAAGAUAACUACCCAAGAUCGUCUCUGCCCAACGGGCAAGCAUGACAAGACCAGAGGUGGUUGCCCUUGUGUCCAGCCAGGUGGUGAUCCCGGCCUGCCCACAGGCUACCAGAUCAAGCGUGUCAUCCGUGUGGAAGACUCAGCAAUAUUUACCCGCUACAUAGCCAGACGAGAUGAGAUAAAGAGAAAGCGUUCGUCUUGUGAAGCUCCGGAUCCUGCAAUUUUCACACGAGAUGCUAUGCAAGCCUCUACUUCUAUUCGUCAGGUUUUGUGCGAUGUCGACGACGCCCUCAACGAGGUUUAUCUUUGGCAUGGAACACAAGUUCGAACCGGCUUGAAGAUCGCUCAAGAUGAUUUCAAGCUUUCGUUUGCAGGCUCUGGUGCAGGCACGAUGUACGGGAGGGGCUUGUACUUCUCAGAGAGCUGCACCAAAGCCGACGAGUACGCCAUGGAUGAGCCGGGUGGUCACUACGACGGUGUCAGGGGCUUGCUCCUGUGCCGCGUGUGCAUAGGCAAGUUCCACUACACCGUGGAUCGUGAGCCUUCUGCCAUUAAAAAGUACGAGGACGGAGAAUGCGACAGUACUAUAGGCGACCGUGCGAAGGCAGUGAACACCUAUCGCGAGAUCGUCGUGUACAAUGAAGAUCAGGUAUACCCCGAAUACUUGGUCCUCUAUGAGCGGCUCCAUAAGGAUGAGAAGCCCCAGUUGCCGCCCAAGGAUGUACCCUUCUUGCUGGAGCUGCCGCUCUAUUGGAAGAACGUCGGCCGCAAUCCAUACACUGAGGGCUUCCGGGAGCACUGGAGGGUCAAGCCAAAGAUUCGUGAGCUCAUUCAGCGCUUAGCUGAUGGUUCCUGUGGAAAAGACGGGAAAGCUCCCAAGGUGAUUCGAGCAAAGCGGGUCGAGGACUCCAGUUUAUGGUGCCGCUACAUCGACUGGAAGCGAUCUUUGUUCGCGCAUUUGCAGGCCAAUGGCAUUGCAAGGUGUACGCCUCCUAACGAGUUGGACGGAAAUCCAGAAUCCGGCCAUGCGCUUACGGCGACCAUCCUGAGCGAGUUCCACGGUGAUGAGGCCAUCUCGGUGGAGAACAUGGCGAUGGGCUUGAAUGAAACGCUGCUCUGGCAUGGAACUUCGAAACAGGCGGCAGAAGCCAUCGCUGAGGAAGGUUUCGAGGUCAAGGAGAGCGGCACGCACGGGCGUCGGUUCGGCCAUGGGGUUUACCUUGCAGAGGACUUGAGCAAGAGCCUUAGCUAUUGCAAGCAAGCCGAGAACGUGAAAUAUGUUCUGCUUUGUCGAGCAGUCUGCGGCCACAUGCACUACACCGAGAAGCACUGGCACUCUGAUGUGACAAAGGAAGCUUCUCGACUAGGGAAGCAUUGCGUCCUGGCGAAUCCAGAUCGCCAGGGCCCCAGAGAGUACAUCGUCUUGGAGGAGGCUCACGUGUAUCCCGAGUACAUUGUGGAGUUCGAAGUGGUGUACCUCUGCUGCGUCCGAGUGAAAGAUCAGGAGUUAUGCCCAGUGGGCACGGUGGGCAAGUCGGACGAGUUGCGCUGGCAGAGCUCUUUCGCCUUCUCGGAUCUGUGGACCAGGAAUUGCACGGCGACAUUGGAAGAUGGCAAGAAGGGGCGAGGAGGGCCAGGGGAAGAGACGCAUCAGCUGUCGCAUGAGGUGGCUCUUGAACGCAAGUUUCUUCUCAUGGGCAUUUUACUAGCUCAUGACUGUUUCAUCUCCGCAGUCAGAGUUGCAGCAGCCGCCCAAGCUGGUCAGUCCACCGCUGUCGAGGAGGCGAACCAGGACAGGUACAAGGACACAGGCAUGUGUCAAUGCAUCGCGAGGUCGAAUCUUUUUGAGCACCUGACCACCAGCAUGAUCGUCAUCUAUUCCGUGUGGCUUGCGGUGGAUAUUGACUACAACCCGCAUGUUGUGAACACGGACACAAGCUCCGUGUUCUUUUGGGUUGAGCAGUUCUUCUGCUGCUUCUUCGUGCUGGAGGUCUCCAUUCGAUUUCUGGCUUUCAGCAGCAUGUGGAAGUGGACUCGCGACUUCUGGUUUCUUUUCGACCUUUUCCUGGUCAUGUCCAUGGCCAUUCAGGUUUGGCUUUUGCCGCUCCUCGACUUGCUGCUGCAGAGUAACCAUGUAGGGACCAUCUUCGCAGACACCGGCAUCAUACGUGUCGCGCGGCUGCUGCGGCUCUCGCGGCUGCUUCGCAUGUCCCAGCUCCUGCACCUCUUUCCUGAGGUCCUGAUUCUGGUGAAAGCAAUCGCUGCUGCUUUGCGCUCUGUGGUGUUCACUUUGGCUUUGCUGCUCAUGAUCCUCUACAUCUUUGCCAUCGCCUUCACCCAGCUGACGAGAGGGACACAAUGUGCCCGACAGUACUUUUCCAGUGUUCCCGCAUCGAUGCAGACCCUCUUCAUCUCCGGUGCUCUUCUCGAUGAGGUUGGCACGCUGAUGAACGACUUGCUUGCGGAGAAUCUCUACAUUUCCUUGACGUUGAUGUACACCUUCGUCAUCAUGUCGGCAAUUACCGUCAUGAACAUGCUGAUUGGUGUGAUGUGCGAAGUGAUCAGUGCCGUGGCCAGCGCCGAGAAGGAGGCGAUCCAAGUUCAAUGGCUUCGGAAGGUCCUCGAGCGAGUUGCCGGAGGCCCGGACAAGCGCAUCAAUCAGCAGAAGUUCUUUGAGAUUCUGCGAGACGAAGGAGCAGCCAAUGCCAUGAAGGGCAUCGGCAUAGACUUGAUCAGCCUCGUCGACUUUGCGGAUCUCAUCUUUGAGGAGUCGGGUGAUUCGACGGACACUGAUGCAGAGGCUCCGGACGCGACGGAAAUCUCCUUCGACGAAUUCCUGAAGCAUGUUCUCCAGCUUCGUGGGAGCAACACGGCCACGGUAAAGGACAUGGUGGAUCUUCGCUGGUGGCUCUCCCAGUCCCUUCACGGAAAACUGCAGGCUACGGUGGAGAGGACGCUGGCCAAAGGCCAUCUAAGCCAGCUCCAGGUCGAGAAGGCUCCUUCGGCACCAUAG